AUGACCUUUUGGGACCAGAAAGGUCGUGCCGCGAUCCUCGCCGCGGUAGAAGCCGCUUGUGAUACGGUUGGAAAGGAUCUCGACGCAGAAACCCGCGAAAAAGAUGCGUCCUCUGCCGCAGAGAGGGAGGCGCUAGUCGCCAAAGUCGAGCAACUAGAGAAGAUGAACCAGGCGUUAAUGAAAAACCUGGAAGAGCUCAUCAAGAAAGUCAAUCCAAUCUCGUCUUCCACCACUUCAAGGGCAACUACUACCAGCGACCAAGAUGCUCCGGCAUCGUCAGACACUCUUUUGGAGGUACCACAACAAUCGACAGGUGCAACGUCGCGUUCAAUCCUGGGAGAAAUCUCGCCUAACACGGUUACUGGGACGACACGCACUACUGUUAAGAAUCUUGAUGCGGAAACGGAAAAGGACAAAAAGUUGGUGGCUCUCAAGAAGCUCUGCAAAUCAUUGCAAGCAAAAUAUGAUUCGAGAGGGGAGGCCGCACGACAAAUUAUUGAUCAGCGAGAUAAAAUGGAUAAAUACGCUGAAUAUCUGGAAAGGAAGGUGGCGAGGCUGAAGGAAGCCAACCAACAAUGGGCGGCUGGGCAUCCUCCGCCUCCUGUUGCAGUACCGGACGAGCUGCCGACCCUACCAACGGAAACGGGUGCAGCACAAGAAGUGGAAAUUAAGGAAGAGCCAUAUUCAGAUGGACCUGUUGUAAUUUCCGAGAGACGUGUCCGAAAGAGGAGGAAUAGCGACACCGAAGCAAGAUCUAACCCCCACAGAAUCAAGAGAGAGAGCUCAGAUCGUGUGAUAACAAGCGUGGUACCCGCCUUCAUUCCAGAAGAGACUAUCGACCUCAACGAAACAACAUUUGUCAUGCCAACGCCGAAGAAGCGUAGACAUUGGGACCCGCCUCAACCACCAGCCAACGAUGCCGCGGAAGAGACAACAAUUAACCGGCCAGCUCUCGCAACAAGUAAAGACAAAGACAAAACCACUUCCAACACCCCCAAACCAGCGGCACGGUCAGAGUUCAGACUUGGCCAUGUCCUAGCUGAUGUCGCGGAAGACAGCCCCGAGCCUCCUGAUCUCCAAAAAGAACAAGGCAAAGGUGGACCGUCCGACUCGACCACACCAAAGCCUGGAAGGUUACAAAGCCUUCUCAAUACCAACACGCCGCUACAGCGCGAGCAGCCUCUCCACACGCCGGCUAGGGUUCCGGCGGUCGGACCAGGCAGCCACAGCGCCCCAAACUUGCGGCGUGCUCGAGAUAUGGCAAAGUCGACUCCGCUUCGAGAACGACCAGUUACUGAGUUGAGACUAGAAGACUUCAAGGUCAACCCAAAGGCGAACAACGGCUACACCCAUGCUUUUGAUGAGGUCGUGCGUGGCAGAGCAGAACGUGCCAAGCUCGAGGGCUGCACCGAUCCAAACUGCUGUGGUAGGACUGCCCGUGUUUUGGCGGAGAGUGAGCUCACUUCAGGUGGCUCAGCUCAUCUGCUGAAACAGGAAAACAUCGCGUUGAUGGAAGACUAUUUGGGGACAGAGAGCUACCGUCUGGGGACUAUGACGAUGGAUGAGAAGAAGGAGAUCUGGUUGAAGGCCAAGACCAUCGCUGUGGCCAACAGCUUUGGGAGACACAGACACCAAUUCGAACGGACACGUUCACCUCCGGGUUAUUGGGACCCGGACUUCCCUGGCACACAAGAAGAGCAGGAACGGAGAGAAGAGGCAAACAGGCGAGAGAGGGAGACGGUAGAGAAGAGAUGGCGUGAGGCCAUGCGAGGCAAUGGGAGGUGGCUGUUCAGGGAUGAAUAA